UCGAUGGUGACGUAGCCGAGUGACGCGCUCAGCGGUGGCGCGCGAGUGUGCGGUACGGGACUUGCAAGCCGGACUCGACAGCAGGAGGAUGGUUCGGUGCGACCGUCUGGCCCGCGGUGUGGCAGCGGCGCGGAGGCGCGUUGACCACCAGCUGGGGCCCCACUCAACAUGCUCAAAGUAAGGAGUCGACGCUCAUACUUGUUAUGGCCAGAAUAGGCGAAGGUCGGGGCUGUGAAAUACUACAUGCUAAAAUAGACUGUGAUUCGCAACAUAAUUUGACUUUCUUCAGGACCGGCAAUAAUUUUUGUAGUGGAUGAAUGAACUUAAAGAAGUUAAUGAACUUGUCACUCGGGCCCACAUAGUCAUAAUUUGGAUGGAGUGCACGGACACAGUUCAAGUACGUUUACGUAUUAUCAUGAAGGACUGCCGUAUGAGCCGCGAGCAAACGGGAAAGUGCGCGCACAGGACAAAAUAAAAAAAAAAACUUUAGAUUUUUUUUCAACUAUAGUUUCAUAUAUAUAUUUUUUUGUAUAGGGCAUCUAUGUGUUUCAUGCAAUGUAUACGUGGAGGGGAUUGUAAUCCUAGAACACAUACUUACAUCGAAUGGUUUACAUUGGGGAACAUAUACUUCCUGUACAAGGCAAAGAAAACAUCAUCAACAUCUUUGAACGAAACAUAAGGCAGAUAAACGAAGAAUAUAACGACGGAGUUCUUACUGGUUUCCUUCUCGCAUAUGCUUCGUUGUUCGUGCAUGUAUUAGAGGGGACAGAAGCAUCGCUUCUCAAACAUGCUAAAUCAUUCGUGGAGGAUAUUGACAAAGGACAUGGAGAAACAAAUGAAGAAUCGCCAUUCAUCAAAAAGAUCACUAGAACCAAGGUUAUCACUGUGUAUCACCACAUUCAUCAACGCGAGCUCAGUGGCUGGAUGGGCGCCGCAGCUAGGCCGCUCCACACACUGGCCAGGGUCGGUCCAGAGGAGGACCCGGCCAUCCACGCCGCCAGCUGUCUCGCCAAGAUGUCCCGCCUGCUACAGGACAUCUUUAGCCAGCCAGCGGAGUCUCUCCGCUCGACGCUGCGGCACCUGAGCUCUCGAGCCGCCGAGCACCUGCCUGAGGCCAGCCUGCUGGACUUCCUGCUGGGCUCGCCACUGCUGCAGAGCCUGCCCGAGCACGCCCGCCUCGCCGACCGCUUCCUCCAGCGCACCCUCUUCUACCAAGAGCACACCUGGCCAGUUCCGCUGGAUCUCGUGCCGUACAGCUUGUUCGAGACCCAGUAGGGCGAGGUUCGCGAGCGACAACACCGCACGACACUUCCAUUCGCCUGGCGAGUGAACCUUCUGGACCUUUCAUUCAGGCGUGCGCAUUCAAAUGUGUAUUUUGUUUGGUUACUGUAAGCAUUUAUCCGUCAAAUAAAACAACCUGAGCUCGUGA